CACAGAAAUUAUUUUAGUUCCAAAUCCCCUUGUAAUCCUGGUCACUUUUCUUUAGUUUAUCCUACCCCAGUUUCCAUGUCUGUAAAAGUGAGGUCAUUAGGGUGGAUAGCAUAAUGGUUAUGCAAAGAGACUCUCAUUCCCAAGGCUUCAAAGUCCCAGCUUUAAUCUCCUGUCAUAAACUAGAAUUGCUUAGUGUAUAAAAUAAAUAAAUAAAUAAAUGAGGUCAUUAGGAAAAGAAAAAACCUGUCUCAAAAAGCUGAGACAGUGAGAAUUGAAUGAAAAAGUUCGCAAAGCUCAAAUCCCUAACACAGAAAAAUUCACAAAUGAUUAGGAUUAUGAUUAUAGUAGUCAAUGAGAAAGGUGCAAGGCCUAAAAAAAAAAAAAAAAAAACGGAAAAAGGAAAUGUUGUGUAUAGAGGGUCCCAUUCUUCCAGGAUUGCAUAAUUAUUGUGAACAGUAUUAGGAGAAUACGGAAAUUAGCCAGUAGGUUCUGGCCAGGCGCAGGCGCACAAGGUUCUCUGUGUCCUCGUUGCUCAUAGCAACCGGUCUCUGUAGCUCUGGCCUUCUGGGCGCCUGGCCUGAGCAGCAAGAUGGCUCUGCAAACCUGGUCACCAGAGCUGAGGCUAACUGAGAAUAUACCGCAGACUGUGUCUGUUUCCACCGGCCCCUCACUGGAGUUAUGCACCUUCCCCUCCACUCUGGGCUCCUCCGUCGCGACCGCUGCGCUGGAGCAGCUCUUUGCUGUGGAAAAAUCACUGGAAAGUGACUAUUUUAAGUGCAAUGAAGAAGCGAAGACCUUUCUUAAGAACACUGCUAUAGCUGUUAAGAAACUGGAAGAGAUGAGGAAACAGGCCAUUGAUCUUCUGGAAAUUGAAAGCAUGGAACUCAGCAGACUGUAUUUUCUAUUGGAAACUAUUCCCUAUAACAUCAGCAAAGAAUUAGAAGAAUGUGUCAGAGAUGCUCGCAGAGUGAACCUCUUUGAGAUUAGUCAAUUACACAUGAAAGUCACAAGACAGACUAAUGAAAUACAAAUGCUGAAGAAGAAAGCAUCUGAUCUGAGUGAAGCCAAUGAAAAUCUGGGUGAAAAGCAAGAGGAGCUGGUGAGGCAGCAUGAAAAAUUUGUCAUAGCAUUCAACCAGAUCAUGAGACAAAAGGCGGAGAUCAUUGUUUGCAUCAAUGAGACUUAUACCAACAUAAACGUGGAGGAAGCAGAAAUAGAGCUGCAAAAGAAAUGUAUUUCAAGUAUAGAGGAGGAACUAGAAACACAAAAAGCAGAAUAUUAUAAAAGAAAGAAAGAAUUGACUGAACAGCUUGAUGAAUAUAUAAAACAACAUGACCAAAAGAGAACGGAAACUUACAAAAUGAAGAAGAAAUUGGAUAACCUAAUGCUUAAAAUGUCAAAAAUUAAAGAAACAGUUGCUUCUAGAAAUGUGGUUCUUAGUGAUCACAAUUUAGAGAUAGCGCGUCUUCAUGAAUCAUUAAAUUAUUGGAAGAAACAUGUGGAAAACAUGAAUAAAUUCUGUAAUGCCCUGGAAGAGAAAACGAAUUUUAUUGUUACUACCAAAGAAGAAUUUGUUGAUUCAGCAACUGAUGAAAAAAAAGAACUCUUGAACCAGAUAAAACAGAUGGCUGAGAAACUACAACAGUCUAAAUUACGGAACAAGGAACUACAAAAGAAAUUAAAGCAUGUAACUAGACAAUAUAGACUUGUCUUGAAAGAAGAAGAUAGAUAUUAUGAGCAGAAACAGAAGGCAUAUGAAGAAAAUAAUAAGAACCUGACAUUUAUCUCUGAGAAAGAAAACUUCCUAUUAAAAAGAAAAAUAGACAUAAAAAACAUGGAAGAAGGACUUGUCACACUCACUGAUCUUCUUCGAGCAACAAAGGAAGUAUUCCGGAAACAAGUAAAAAUUUUGAGUGAUAACCUGCAAAGAGAAAAUCAGAGAUGUGCUUUAACUCAAUGGAAAGUAAAUUAUUUGCAGAGAAAGUUUUCACGUUGGAUAAUGAAUGAAAAUUCUUCAUUAAAUGAUCUUUCAGAAAAAAUCCAGACUGCGGAGCAAAGACGCCUUUUAUUAUUACAUGAGACCAGUUUUAGAGAAAAAGAGAUCAAUGAAUUUUUGGUAGAGAUUGAAGACAUUACAACACAAAUUAAAGAAGAGCAGGAGGAAUUUGUUGUCAAAGAAAAGAAGUUAAUACAUGCAUUGAGCAGGUUUAAGGUACGAUAUGCUAAAGAAACACAAACUACCAAAGAAAAAGAAGAGGAACUAGUCCAGUGUCUUCCACAUCUUCAAGAAGCAGAAGAAGAGUUCACAGACAAAAACCAAAGAUUCAUAGAACUCAGUGAUACUAUUUCAGCUCUAAAGCAGGAACGAAAGUUACUGUCUGAUUCUACUACUCAAUGUUCAAGGGACUUUUCAAGAUACUAUAAUAAUGUGGGGAAACUGAAGCAAGAUUUGAAAUCAUUACGUGAACAAGAAAGUCAGAAGCUCAAAGAUCAUUUUGAAAUCCUAAAGAACUUAGAAAAUGAAGUCUAUACCAAUGAUCUGGGGACAGACGCUCUUUUCCUGGACAAUGAAAGAUUAAAAAAAUACAUUGCAUACAUGAAGAGAAGCAUAGAGCAGUAUAGGAAAAGACAAGAAGACUUCCCAGACAUCUCCAAGGACAAGUCUUCUCAACUGAUAAAUGAACAGACACAGUAUUUGAGUUUGUGGAAUGAAUAUCGGAUCACAGUGAACGAAUUGGUCAGCAGUGGUGAUGAGACCUUGCAAGAAAUAAAAAACCUAAUAGAAAAACUUCAUAUAAGAGAUAAAAAAAUUGAGCAAAUCCGUGUUAGUUUACAAGAGAAUCUUGACCAGCUAUAUUUUCUUAUGAACCAGGAACCACAAAAAAUUCCUCGUCGAAAGAAGAAAAAGAAAUCACUCAAGAAUGUCCCUUUUGUAGUGGCUCAAUGUAAGGCUGUUGGAAACCUCACCAACAAACAACAUCAAACAAAAUGACUUCAAGGACACAACUGCUGUGAAUUGAAAAGACAUUAAAUGACAGAAAAGGAACAGGACUUAUUUGAAGAUGUCUUCAACUAAUCUACUUAUAAACAGAACAUAUUACAUAAAUUAUAUUUUUAAAAAAUAGAUCAAAAUACUGUACUGGUGAAAAUAAAUAGAUAACAAAAACAGCA